AUUAAUUGCCUAUUCAUCUCUUAGGAUUCCAUGCUUGAAAAGUAACAAAUGGUCAGUCAUUACAUAGUGAAAUAACGGAACUAAGAAGAAGCGGGUGUGCAGAGCCUUCCAUUACAUAAUACAUAGUCAGUCCAUUACUGAAGAAUUCAAUUCAUAGCUUCCAUGAAGCUUCCUCCAUGUGCAAGAAUGACAAGGGGAGCUUCCUCAUGUUCCAUUGAAGCUUCCUCCUAGCUUCAACACAUCUUCCUCCCACCUUCAUAGUACCUAGUUUUGGUGCUAUAAAUAGAGAGCUUGGAUAGUCUUUCUAUCAUCAAGCAAUUUAGAUCAUAGAUUAGAAUACCACAACCAAGUUUGAGUUGUGAAUAUCCUUGAGAGAUAUGUGAGGUGUUGUUUUGAGAGUUUUUAGUUAGAGCUUGUAUGUCUCUUCUUUCUAUUCUUGAAAGUAAUAGAAGUGUUUUUCUCUCAUAUUAGCACGAUCCUGUUAUUCCCAACAAGUGGUAUCAGAGCCUGGUUGAGCUUUUGAUAUUUUUCCCAGAUUUUUUCAGAUAAAAUUCUACUGUCUGAAAAAUCGAGUUUUUUCAGUAUUGCUCAGAAUUGCAAUCUGAAUAUACCGUUGGAUUCGUCUCGUCGAGACGAGAAAACUGGUAUUUUUGGGGAUUUUUUUGGCCACCGGAAGCUGCCGUACGCGCCGCCAAACGCCGGCCAAAAACUGCCUGCGUCAUGCUGACGUCAUCACGCGCAGACAGAGGUUGAAGACAGCUGACGUCAUCGCUGACGUCAUCAGCCAGCCAGAGCUGCGUCAGCGACACCUCAGCGCCACAUGUGCAGUCCCAGCACAGUCAGCCGCCACGUCACCAGUCAACUGCCAACUUUCACCAGCGCCCAGUCAUCUGCCACGUCAUCGCCCAGUCACUGCCACGUCACUGCCACGUCAUCUGCCACGUCACCGGUCAGUUUUUAGAUUUUGAAAAAUUGCAGUUUGGUCCCUCAAUUUUUGAAAAAUUAUAAUUUCGGCCUAUAAUUUUUCAAAAAUUGUAUUUUGACCCCGAAAGUGCCUACCCACCAUUUUCGGCCGUUCCGGACGCAACGGUGCUGCCCGUUUUUCAAAAUUCUGCUCUGAUUUUUCUGAAACAGAAAAUCAAAAUUAUAUAGAAGGUGAAAAUGACCUUUGACGAGUCAACUUCAUCUUCCGGAGCUAUGAUUAUGCUCACGGCUACCAACUACACGCUAUGGAAACCUCGGAUGGAAGAUUUCCUUAGCUGUAAAGACCUUUUUGAUCCAAUAGAGAUGAAAGGUAUUAAUCCUGACCCGGCUAAGUCAACGGAAUGGAAGAAAAUUAAUAGAAAAACUAUUGGUCAAAUCCGACAAUGGAUUGACCAUAGUGUCUUCCACCAUGUUGCACAAGAAACCGAUGCUUAUGCCCUUUGGAAAAAGUUAGAAGAUAUGUACCAGGCCAAGACCGCCAGGAACAAGGCCCUACUGAUGAGGCGUCUUGUCAAUAUGAAGCUCAAAAGUGGAACUUCUGUUGCCGAACAUACUAGUCAAUUUCAGAGUCUGGUAAAUCAACUAUCUUGUGUAGAAAUGCCACUUGGAGAUGAAAUGCAAUCUCUACUACUUCUUAGUUCCCUUCCUGAUAGUUGGGAGACACUAGUUGUUACUCUCAGCAACUCAGCCCCAGAUGGCAAACUUACCAUGUCUGUGGUCAAGGAUGCACUGUUCAAUGAGGAGGCAAGAAGGAAAGACAUGAGCACAGAUGAGACUCAUGCCCUUGUGACGGAGAAUCGAGGAAGAUCACAAGGAAAGCAACAAAGAAACAGUAGAGGAAAGUGGCAAAGCAGGGGCAAAAGUCGGGGGAGAUCAUCAGAUGGCCGGAAACCUUCUUAUACCUGCCACCAUUGCGGUAUAGAGGGUCACAUGAAGAAGAAUUGCUACAAAUUGCUAAAGGAGCGAGGCAAGAGCAAUUCUCAAGCGAAGAGCAAGGGUGGUGAAGCGCUCAUCACAAUCUCAGGUGAUGUGGCGUAUUGUACUAUCAAUGAUGAAACAUGCCUUCACGUCUCAAGAGAGGACACUGAAUGGGUGGUAGAUACUGCAGCAUCCUACCAUGUUACUCCCCACAGGUACUACUUCACAACUUACAAAGCUGGAGACUUUGGAGCUGUGAAGAUGGGCAAUUCCAGUUCAUCUGAAAUAGCUGGAAUUGGUGAUGUACAAAUAAAGACGAGUUCUGGGAGCACAAUCACUUUGAAGGAUGUCAGACAUGUUCCAGACCUUCGUCUCAAUCUCCUGUCAGUGGUAUGUCUUGACGAACAGGGGUAUGAAAACCACUUUAACAGGGGCACCUGGAAAAUGUCAAAGGGCGUUUUGACAAUCGCUCGAGGACAUGUUUGUGGCACAUUGUACAAAACCCAUUUGAGGAUUUGUACGGAUAGCCUCAACAUUGCUGAGGAGACUUCUCAUAAUCUGUGGCACCUGAGACUCGGCCACAUCGGUGAGAAAGGGCUGACUACCUUGAUUAAGAAGAACCUUAUCAACAUCGACAAGAAUGCUGCACUGGGUCCUUGCAGUCAUUGUCUGUUUGGUAAGCAUCAUAGAGUAUCAUUUAGUUCUACUUCAGCUAAAAGAUCAGAGUUGUUAAGUUUGGUACACUCCGACGUCUGUGGUCCUUUCGAGGUGGAAUCAAUCAGUGGAAGCAGAUAUUUUCUAACUUUUAUUGAUGAUGCUUCUCGGAAAGUGUGGGUGUAUUUCCUGAUUACGAAAGAUCAGGUAUUUGAGUGCUUCAAGACAUUUCACGUCUUGGUGGAACGUGAAACGGGAAAGAAGCUGAAAUGUCUCCGAUCUGAUAAUGGAGGCGAGUAUACUUCUAAGGCGUUCGAUGCAUAUUGUAGAGAAUAUGGCAUUCGACAUGAGAAGACAGUACCACGCACCCCUCAGCACAACGGCGUUGCUGAAAGAAUGAACCGGACUAUCAUGGAGCGUGUCCGGAGCAUGCUGAAUAUGGCUAAGCUUCCGAAGUCAUUCUGGGCAGAAGCAGUCAACACCACAUGCUACCUUAUCAACCGAUCACCUUCGGUACCACUGAACUUUGAAGUUCCAGAGAGGUUAUGGACAGGUAAGGAUCCUACAUACUCACAUCUUAGAGUAUUUGGUUGCUCAUCGUAUGCACAUGUAUCCAAAGAGCUCAGGCAGAAGCUCGAUGCAAGAACUAUCCCAUGCAUUUUUGUUGGCUAUGGAAAUGAAGAGUUUGGAUACAGGCUAUGGGAUCCUAAGGAGAAAAAGGUGUUCAGAAGUAGGGACGUUGUGUUCCACGAAGAUUUGACAAUAGAAGACAUUGAAAAACCCACAAUGUCUCGGAAGUCAAAUGAGGGUGCUCAAGUUUCAAAUGAGCACAAUCCACCCCGCCAGACACAGAUGAUGGUAGCUCUUCUCAGAUGGUUCCUACUGUUCGUAGAUCUGAACGAGGGCAUAUACCAUCGACAAGGUACACAUCAUCCGAAUAUCUUUUGUUAACUGAAGAUGGAGAACCAGAGAGUUUUCAAGAAGCUGUAUCUCAUAAGGAUAAAGAAAAAUGGCUAAUAGCAAUGCAGGAUGAGUUAGAAUCUCUGCAGAAAAAUCAAACCUAUGAGAUCGUAGAACUUCCUAAAGCGAAGAAGGCACUGAGGAACAAAUGGGUGUUCAAGCUGAAGAAGGAUGCAAACGGACAAGUGGUGAAACACAAAGCUCGGUUGGUUGUCAAAGGGUUCCAGCAGAAGAAAGGAAUUGACUUUGAUGAGAUCUUUGCACCAGUUGUCAAGAUGACCUCAAUCCGAGUUAUACUUGGCUUGGCAGCAAGUAUGAACUUGGAGCUUGAACAAAUGGAUGUGAAGACAGCAUUUCUUCACGGAGAUUUGAAAGAAGAAAUCUACAUGCAGCAGCCGGAAGGUUUUGAGAACUCAAAUGAUAAUUUUGUGUGUAAAUUAUCUAAGAGUUUGUAUGGCUUGAAGCAGGCACCAAGGCAGUGGAAUAAGAAGUUUGACUCAUGCAUGAAGAGUCAAGGCUACAAGAAGACUACUGCAGAUGAGUGUGUAUACAUCAAGAAACUUCCAGACGGUACCUUCAUUGCUCUUCUACUAUAUGUAGACGACAUGUUGAUCGUUGGGAAAGAUGCAGUGAAGAUAAACCAACUAAAGAAAGAACUCUCUAAGUCUUUUGAUAUGAAGGACUUAGGACCGGCUCAACAAAUUCUUGGGAUGCAGAUCACUCGAGACAGGAAGAAUCGCAAGUUAUGGCUAUCUCAGGAGAAGUACAUUGAACGAGUACUUGAGAGAUUCAACAUGAAUGAUGCCAAGCCAGUAAGUGUUCCACUUGCGAAUCACUUCAAGUUGAGCAAAAGAACAUGCCCUACAUCCAAGGAAGAGAUCGGGGAGAUGUCAGCAGUUCCAUAUUCUUCAGCAGUUGGGAGUUUGAUGUACGCCAUGGUAUGCACAAGGCCAGACCUCGCACAGGCAGUGGGUACAGUGAGUCGUUUUCUCUCUAACCCCGGGAAGGAGCAUUGGGAGGCAGUCAAAUGGAUUCUCAGGUACUUGAAAGGUACCACGAAGUUAUGUCUUUGUUACGGAGGAGCUGAUCCAGUCUUGGAAGGCUACACAGAUGCUGAUAUGGCAGGAGAUACUGAUAGUAGAAAGUCUACUUCAGGAUAUAUCUACACUUUUGCAGGGGGAGCCGUUUCUUGGCAAUCAAGAUUGCAGAAGUGUGUCGCUUUAUCUACUACAGAAGCAGAAUACAUUGCUGCCGUUGAAGCAGGUAAGGAAAUGUUGUGGCUAAAGCGCUUUCUCCAAGAACUUGGGAUCCAGCAGAAAGAGUACAAGGUACAUUGUGACAGUCAGAGUGCUUUAGACUUAAGCAAGAACUCCAUGUACCAUUCUCGUACAAAGCAUAUUGAUGUUCGGUAUCACUGGAUACGAGAGACGAUUGAUCAACAACUGUUGAGACUAGUGAAGAUCAAUACAAAGGAGAAUCCAUCAGACAUGCUGACGAAGGUGGUGACACGGGAUAAGCUAGAGCUGUGCAGAGACAUAGUCGGGAUGCUUGUUUUGAAUAUGCCUGGAAGGGGAGAAUUGAAGAAUUCAAUUUCCAGGUCAUAUCCAAGUACAAGCAAAUUGAAGAAUCCAAUUCAUAGCUUCCAUGAAGCUUCCUCCAUGUGCAAGAAUGACAAGGGGAGCUUCCUCAACCACCAUUGAAGCUUCCUCAUGUUCCAUUGAAGCUUCCUCCUAGCUUCAACACAUCUUCCUCCCACCUUCAUAGUACCUAGUUUUGGUGCUAUAAAUAGAGAGCUUGGAGAGUCUUUCUAUCAUCAAGCAAUUUAGAUCAUAGAUUAGAAUACCACAACCAAGUUUGAGUUGUGAAUAUCCUUGAGAGAUAUGUGAGGUGUUUUGAGAGUUUUUAGUUAGAGCUUGUAUGUCUCUUCUUUCUAUUCUUGAAAGUAAUAGAAGUGUUUUUCUCUCAUAUUAGCACGAUCCUGUUAUUCCCAACAAUUACAUGGUCACAUUAAAUAGUCCAUUUGGCAUUCCAUGAUUUCAUCAAUCGUACUCAUCAUCUUCCCUGUGGUGAGCAGAGCCUUCCGUGAAACUAUGAAGUUUUUUUUUUAAAUGUCGAAGUUGCAAUCCAAGCCGACGGAACAUAGCUACGGGAAGUGAAAUAAAGGAUUCCAGCUAGGGUGUGAAGGGGAGUAUCAGGGAGAUCCAAAAGUGCAAAAUCUGGAGGAACCUCUGCGCUCCUGUUCUUCGAGAACUUAAAGAGAUGGGAUAAAUAUGAAUCCAAAGCUUCAAUAGAUCCGAAUUUGCUUUCCAUGUGACGGUGGGUGUCCAGCUUUGUUUGGGACACCCAAACAUGGGACUAUGCCGGCAGAUUCUCUGGGGAUGAACAUGGGACCAUGAAAAUGAAGUUUUUUUUUUCCGGAUAUGCGUCGGGAACCACAGGAAACCAUCGGUAGGGGUGAAAUAGAAACCUACCGGGUUCCUUGCUUCCUUCCCCUGCUACCGCGGUUGGUCAAACAUGUGUACAAGGGAGCGGGUUUUGCCAUGGUUUGAAGAUAACUGGCUCAGGGGAAGGAUUUGUGUUUGGAUAGUUUUUUUUUUGUGUUUGGAUUUGGGAAGGAUUUGUGUUUGGAUAGUUUUUUUUUGUGUUUGGAUUUUGUGGACUUUUUUCUCUCUUUUAGUAUGAAUAGUUUUGCAGAUUUUAUUUUUGUAUCUAGGCAUUGUCUCAAGCUUGGCACUUUUGUAUUUUGGAGCUUGGCUCAUCUGUCUCUUCUUUAUUGUCAAGCACCCCAAAGGCAACAGUUUGCUAUACGGAGUGAUACUAAUUUGUUACACUUUGGAUUUUGGAAUUCUGGUGGAGGCACUUUUCUUUGGUUUAUGGUUGAGGUAUGCUUGAAAAAGCCCAUUUAUGUGAAAGUAUUUUUUUAAAUAAUCAUGCAAAAGAAAAUAGUCAAAGCAGAUCUAUAUAUACAAACAUGUAAAGCCCGUUUGGAGAACUCUGUUUUCGGCUUAUCAGGCUUAUCAGCCAGCUUUUUCACCAAACACGUAACUUUUGCUUUCGCGCGCUGAAUUGUGUAAUAAGCCGAAAAAGUAAGGUUGGAGUUACUUUUCUGACUGUAUUGGCUGAAGUUACUGUAGAGGACCAUUUUAGCUAUUUUUACAUAUAAUUUUUUCUUUAAUUUAUUAAUAAAAUAUAUUUUUAAAAUAUUUUUUUCUUAAAUCAGCAGAAUCAGCCAAAACAGCCACUCCAGCCAGAAUAUCAUAAAUUUCAGCAGAAUCAGCCAAAACAGCCGAUUUUGGUGCUACCAAACGGGCUCGUAUUAUGGAGUAUUUGUUUUUAAAUAAGCUAAAAAAAUAUCGUAUUUCAUAAUCUGAAAUAGGUAUUUGCUUUAAUUUGUGUAAUUUGAAUACAAUAAAUUAGUUAAUACUUCAUCAGUCAUCUUUUUUGUAUUAAAUGACGUAUUAGGUUUCUCAUAGAGAAAUUAGAAUAGUAGGGUAAUAUAAAUGUGAUUGGAGUCGGGUUUGUGUUCAAAAUUCAAAUGAGAAAGUAAAAAGGUGAAUGUAGUAAGAAAAGUGUCCUAGAUUAAGUGAGUAAAGGAGGACAAUAAUGAAAACUAUGGAAUAUAAUGUACUCUGUAUUAAGCAUAGUAUAUAGAAGAAUGGGGAUGAAAUUAUUGAAAAAGAAAGUGGGGAACAAAUAUGGAACACAUAACAAAUAUUAAAAGAAUUGAUCACAAAAAAUGAUCAAAUGUGCACGAUGCAUAUGUGGAAUGAGAGAUAACCACAUAAUUAUUAACAAAUAUUUGAAUAUUUGUAGAGUGCAAAGGACAAAUAUAUUAUAAACACUUUUUUCUAAUGUGCUACUCCCGUCUCAAUUUAGGAUUCCCGCUUGCCUCCUUUAGACAUCCGGCCGGUUAAAGAUGUAAUUCAUACGGAGUAUUUUAGAGAAUAAUUAGCAAUCUUAAACCAAAGCUUAAUCAUGAAAUGAUAAAAAUAGAACUUUCAUAACAUCACAAGUUUCAUCAACUUUCUCAUUAUAUCUCACCCAUCAAGCUUCUAAUAAUUUACUUGAAUUAUCUUUAUUAAUUACGUAGUAUUGACUACAUAACCGUACCAUUCUUUCAAUAGUUUCACUCAAUUUCAAAAUAGGAACACGUACAAUUAUUAUUUUCCAGAAACAUGACUCGCUUGCUCCUAAAAAUUGAAAAUUUUUAUUACUGAAAUUAGAAACUUUAGCAACUCUUUUUCUAUUAAGAGUAACCAUUUUGAAUAUUAUUUUAAAGAAAAUAAGAAUACACCUUUUAUUCACUAAUCUUACUCCUAUAAGGGUCGUUUUUAUUUUCCAAAUCACAAUUUACAUAUGUAUAUAUUUUAAUGAUUAUUAAUAUUAAUUUUUACCCAAUUUUCUGACCUUGCAUCGCACGGGUGAAAAUCUAGGGUCGUUUUUAUUGCUUAUCUCUUCACUCCAAAACCGUGAAGAGAUAAGCAAACGCAACAGCGCCCCAGAAAUGCAUUCCAAACUUCCCUCAAUAAAUGGCUUGUGGCAUCCAACGGCUCACAGUUCCUAUAACCUGCAAGGCAAUCUCCAAAAAAAGUGGAAUUUUUUUUGGAAGGCAAUCUCCAAGAGCAUGCGCAUCACCAUAUGAAACCGGAAAACGUGGGGCCACUCCUUUCUCCAAGAGCAUGCCCAUCAGGCCAUCACCACAUGUUCAAAUGUUCAUUUGUGC